AUGGCUACCCCUGAUCCAACAUGUCCAACACCAAUGAAGGCCACUUCCAAUGGGGCAUUUCAACAUGAAAAUCCUAUGGAUUUUGCACUUCCCUUAUUAAUUGUUCAAAUAUGUUUGGUGGUUGUUUUUACAAGAUUCAUUGCAUUUCUUUGCAAGCCUCUUAGACAACCUAGAGUUAUUGCAGAAGUCAUUGGAGGAAUAUUACUAGGACCAUCAGCAAUUGGGAGGAACAAGAAAUUUCUAGAAAUAUUUUUCCCUAAUAAAAGCUUGACAGUUCUUGAAACACUAGCCAACAUUGGCCUACUAUUCUUCUUAUUUCUAGUAGGUCUUGAACUCGACAUGCGUUCGAUACGAAGAACUGGUUCUAAAUCCAUAUGCAUAGCCCUUGCUGGAAUCACAGUCCCAUUUCUACUUGGCAUUGGCACCUCACUUGUUCUUCGUGCCACGAUAUCCAAAGACGCUGAUCGAACUCCCUUCCUUGUUUUCAUGGGUGUUUCUCUUUCGAUUACCGCCUUUCCUGUCCUCGCUCGUAUCCUAGCUGAGCUCAAACUCCUCACGACUGAUGUCGGUCGUAUGGCAAUGUCAGCUGCUGCUGUCAAUGAUGUUGCAGCAUGGAUACUACUUGCUCUUGCUAUAGCUCUUUCAGGAUCCAAUUCUUCACCUCUUGUUUCCCUAUGGGUUCUACUUUGUGGAGUUGGUUUUGUCAUAUUUGUUAUUGUUGUUAUAAAGCCUUUACUUGCAUUGAUGGCAAAACGUUCGCCCGAGGGUGAACCUGUGAAGGAGAUUUACAUAUGCAUCACUUUGACACUUGUUUUGGGUUGUAGUUUUAUAACUGAUACUAUUGGAAUUCACGCGCUUUUCGGAGCUUUUGUAGCUGGAAUUGUUGUUCCUAAAGAUGGUCCUUUUGCUGCUGUUUUAACUGAGAAGAUUGAGGAUCUUGUUAUGAGUCUUUUGUUGCCACUUUAUUUUGUGUCUAGUGGAUUGAAGACUAAUGUUGCUACUAUUAGUGGAGCACUUUCUUGGGGAUUACUAAUUCUUGUUAUAUUCACUGCUUGCUUUGGUAAAGUUGUUGGUACUUUCACUGUUGCAUUGAUAUGUAAGGUUCCUUUUAGAGAAGCACUGACCCUUGGGUUUCUCAUGAACACUAAGGGUUUGGUGGAGCUCAUUGUUCUCAAUAUCGGCAAGGAUCGCAAGGUAUUGAAUGACCAAGCAUUUGCAAUAUGUGUUUUAAUGGCAUUGUUCACCACUUUCAUCACCACACCAAUAGUGAUGGCAGUGUAUAAACCAGCUCGGACAGGAUCGCCGUACAUGCAUAAAACAAUAUUGCGCAAAGAUCCAGACACAGAACUUCGAAUACUAGCUUGUUUCCACAGCACCUGCAACAUUCCUACCUUAAUCAAUCUAAUAGAAUCAUCAAGAGGAACACGAAAGCGAGGAAAGUUAUGCAUAUAUGCAAUGCAUUUGAUGGAACUCUCAGAAAGACCUUCAGCCAUAUCAAUGGUUCAUAAGGCAAGAAAUAAUGGUAUGCCCUUUUGGAACAAAAAACAACACGACAACAGCGAUCAAAUGGUAAUUGCAUUUCAAGCUUAUGGACAUCUCAGCAGUGUCAAUGUUCGUCCAAUGACAGCAAUUUCGUCUCUCAAUAACAUCCAUGAAGACAUUUGUUCAAGUGCUCACCAAAAGCGAGUCGCAAUGAUUCUACUUCCGUUCCACCAACACCAGCGUGUUGAUGGAAAUAUGGAGUCACUAGGCCAUUCAUUUCGCGUAAUGAACGGCCUUGUACUUAGCCACGCUCCUUGCUCGGUCGGAAUUUUGGUCGACCGCGGCCUUGGAGGGACUAGUCAAGUCCAUGCUAGUGAUGUAUCUUACAAUGUUGUUGUAGCAUUUUUUGGAGGAUGCGAUGAUCGCGAAGCCCUAGCAUACGGUAUGAGAAUGGCAGAACAUCCUGGAAUUAGACUCACAGUUAUAAAAUUUAUUACUCCCCCGGGGAUAACAUUAGCAUUUGGUGCUAAAUUGAUUGGUAUAACAGCUAACAAAGAUAGAAAAGAAAUAAAAAUUGCUAGUGGCACCUCCCCUGAUGAAGAUAAACAAGAGGAUGACCAAUUUUGGUCAGAGUUUUUAGGUGUUUGUUGUAAGAGUGAAGAGUCUAUAGUUUAUGAGGAAAGGUUGGUAGAAAGUAGAGAUGAUGUUGUAACAGUAUUGAGGGAAAGGAAUAAGAGCAAUCUGAUUUUAGCAGGUAGAAUGCCACCAGUGGUACCAUUGCUACAUGGAAGUGAUUGUGCUGAGCUUGGUCCUGUUGGAAGCUAUUUGGCUUCUUCUGAGUUUUCUACAUUUGCAUCAGUUAUAGUUUUUCAGCAAUAUGAUCCUAAAACAGAUAUUCAUCCAUUGGUGAUGGAGGUUUCGGAUUACUCUGACAUGCCAGACACACCAACACACGGCGUAUAG